AUGGCGCCACCGAGAUACCGAAGCUUACUAGACCUGGCCACGAGGCGAUCACCGUGGAAAUGCUCUGACUGCAUGCGACUCCGUUCGAUGCCGCAAUGGCGCGGCCAGCCGGCUCGUACUCUGCAGACAUCCCAAAGAACGAAACAUACGGGUGGGGCAGCUCCAACCAUGCAGCAGCUGCGAAAGCCUUUUGAAACCAAGAAUCAGAAUACACUGUAUGCCGGAUCCUCUGUAGGUUGAUUGGCCUGCAACACGUCUAACAAGAUCUCAGCUACUACGCCCUCUCCAUCAUUCUCGGAACUGUCGCCCUCAGCUACGGGAGCGUACCGUUGUACAAGACCAUUUGCCAGCAGACAGGGUGGGGUGGACAGCCGAUCAAGUCGUCUGCGCAUUCAACCCCCGAGGGUGAAGACGUGGUCGCCGAAAAGCUCACCCCCGUGACGACCUCGAGACGCCUUCGAAUCACAUUUGCUGGAUCAACAUCAGAUAUCCUGCCUUGGAAGUUCACGCCGCAACAAAGAGAAGUCAGAGUGCUACCGGGAGAGACAGCUCUGGCAUUCUAUACCGCAACAAAUCAGAGCAAAGACGAGGACAUCAUCGGGGUGGCCACAUACAGUGUUACACCUGCUCAGGUCGCACCAUAUUUCAGCAAGAUUCAGUGUUUCUGCUUUGAAGAGCAGAGAUUGAACAAGGGCGAGACGGUGGAUAUGCCGGUAUUUUUCUACAUCGAUCCGGAUUUCCUAAAGGAUCCCAAUAUGACGGGAAUCGAUACCAUCACUUUGAACUACACAUUUUUCAGUAAGCUCAAUGAAGUUCAGUCUUGGAUCCGCAAGUAUGGAGAGCUUACAACAUCAUAGAAGCCAGAUACGACAAGAAUGGGCACCUUGCACCCAUGCCGAUGCCGUACUAA